AUGGAGACACAGUACCUUGAUGCCUUGGUCGUUGGUGCAGGGUUUGGUGGCAUCUACCAACUCAAGAAGCUACUCGCCCAAGGUCUGAAUGUGAAGGCCAUUGAUAUGGCAGACGACGUCGGAGGCACUUGGUACUGGAACCAUUAUCCAGGAGCCAUGUCUGAUACCCAGUCCGUUCUCUAUCGAUACUCUUGGGACCUAGAAGAUCUCAAGACAUACCCGUGGGGUGAGCACUAUCUCCAAGGCCCGGAGAUAUUGCAAUAUCUGCGGCACGUGGUUCAGAAAUACGACCUGCGGAAGCACUUCGAAUUCAAUACCGAGCUCCUAUCAGCACAAUGGGAUGAUGACGAGCGUAGAUGGGUCGUAGUUCUAUCUACAAACAAAGUUCUCAGAGUCAAAUAUCUCAUCACGGCACUCGGUCUCCUCUCGAAGACCAACUUCCCCCAGAUCCGCAACCUCGACAAAUACGAAGGCGAGCUCUACCACACGGCUCGGUGGCCCGACAACGUGGACCUCAAAGGCAAGCGUGUAGGCGUCAUCGGGAACGGCUCGACUGGCGUUCAGCUCAUUACGGCAACCGCAAAGGCCAACGAAGUCAAGCAGCUGCUCUCUUUCCAACGCAAUCCCCAAUACAGUGUCCCCGCCGGCAACGGAGCAGUCUCAGCCGAACACCGCAAACAGAUCAACGACACAUACGAGGAAAUCUGGGACCAGGCCAAGAACAGCUUGUUUGCGUAUGGGUUCCCAGAGAGCACCCGCCCAACCUUCAGCGUCACACCCGAAGAGCGCGAACAGAUUUUCGAGGACGCCUGGCAGAAAGGAAAUGGGUUCCGUUUCAUGUUCGCGACGUUUAGCGACAUCACCGUGAAUGAAGAGGCGAACAAGGUGGCGGCUGAUUUUAUUCGAAACAAGAUCCGCCAGACAGUCAAGGAUCCGGAGAAGGCCGAGAAGCUUUGCCCUACGGAGUUCUAUGCCCGGAGACCGCUGUGCGAUACUGGCUACUACGAGCAGUUCAACCGCGACAACGUUGAUGUCGUGGAUAUCAAGAAAAAUCCAAUCGCCGAGUUUACGUCGAAAGGCAUCAAGACUGCCGACGGCAAGAUCUACGAGCUCGACGUCGUUAUUUGUGCAACUGGCUUUGACGCUGUCGACGGGAACUACACCCGCAUUGCGAUUAAGGGGCGAAAUGGCGAGACGCUUAGAGACCACUGGUCUGAGACAGGACCGACUUCGUACUUGGGCAUAUGUGUACCGAACUUCCCCAAUCUCUUUAUGAUCACAGGUCCAAAUGGCCCAUUCUCGAACCUUCCUCCUGCUAUCGAGUGUCACGUCGAGAUUAUCUCCGGCCUGGUCAGCACAGCGGAGAAGAAUGGCCACAUGCCCCAGCAUGGCAUCAUCGAAGCCGAACCCCAAGUGGAAAAGGACUGGACGGACCUCUGUGACCAGUUGAGCUCUAGAAGCUUGUUCCGCAGAAUCGAAUCCUCGUGGAUCUUCGGCGCCAACGUACCCGGUAAGAAGGCUGUUACGAUGUUUUGGUUUGGUGGAUUGGGUGCGUACAGGAAGAAAGUACAGGAGAUACUGAACGAUGAUAUGAGGGGCUUCAAACCGGUUUGA